CAACUCGCGGCGCUCGACAGUUUCAGACGUUCAGCAGAUAUCGUUGUCGGCGGUUCAUAAUCGUGCAUAAGUUUCCAAAGAUUAAUUUUUGAAAACGCAAACCCAAAAAUCAAGUGUUGGUGAAAAUGGUGUCCGCUCUGAAAUGCAGUUUGGCCCUGGCCGUUAUGAUCAGUCUGGCCUGUUCAGCCUAUGCCAUCAAGUGUUACCAAUGCGAGUCCCUGACAAUGCCCAAGUGUGGUCUGAAGUUCGAGGAGGAUGAGUCCCUGCUGAUGGAUUGUUCCCGCAUCGCACCACCCCGCUUCCUGCAGAACUUCUUCCCCCUGAAAAAUGCCACUGGCUGCAUGAAGAAAACCCUGGAGAGCGUGGCCGGACAUCCGCAGAUCGUGAGGAGCUGCUACUUCGGAGACAUCAAUAAUGUGCAGAGUGGCUGCCAGACGGAUCCCUCUCUGCCCUUCGUUAGGCAGCUGGGCUGUGACGUCUGCACCAAGGACGAGUGCAACGGAUCCUCCUCCCUGGCCCCCAUCGCCGGAGCUAUUGUCCUCUUCUUCGGAGUUGCUCGUCUCAUGGCCUAGAUCUUAACUAGCUAGUAACUUAAGUGUUUGUAGUCUACAAUGGCCUUGCUUUGUGUAAAUUUCACCUAAAUUAAUUUGAUAAUAAACGAAGGACAGAAGGUUGUUCUAGCAAUAUACCAAA